AUAGAACGUUUAAUUAAUAACGCGAAGAUGAUUUAAAGAUAUACAUACAUUUCUUCUGCAAAAAUGUCUUUCACAGUACUGUGUACUUUUGUUGUGGCCUUCUAUGUUGUAAUAUGGUUUUUCGAUUCAUUCUUUAAGAGUUGUAUGCACUACCCGUACUACGCGUUCCUGGAAGGCACCGGCUUAAAAGUGGGGAUUUUAAAUUUCUCAUGGGCAACAACCGCGUUUAACAGGUUUCUCUAUCGCUGGAGCAAGAAUCUGACCCACCUUCUAAAUAAAUGGUUCGGCUUUGGCUACAUUGUAAGCAUCUGGAUAUUACUACCAUUUUCCUUAUGGACACUGAUUAAUUUUAUCUAUCAACAUUUUAAUGAAAGUAUUCAUCUAAGCACUGCUCCGGAAGUAAAAGCAAUUUUACCCGGGUUUAAUAUACCCACAUCAGAUUUUUGGGUGUACUUUUUAGCAAUGUGUACGAGUAGUAUUUUCCAUGAGUUAGGGCAUGCUUUAACGGCUUGCCAACACGAUGUGCAGCUUUUGUCAGUAGGAAUAUCUGUUUUUGCAAUCAUCCCCAUAGCAUUUGUCCAGCUAAAUGGGGAUCAUGUAGUGGCUCUUCCUGUUGCUAAACGAUUAAGGAUAUUCUGUGCCGGAGUGUGGCAUAAUGUUGCCCUAGCUUUUUUUGCGUUGAUGAUCUUUAUGGCUACUCCUAUUUUAUUCAGUGUUGCUUAUGAAACUGACUUAGGGGUUAAAGUUGUGGGAUUCACUCAUGAUUCUGUUUUAAAAGAUGUCAGGGGCUUAGAAACAGGUGACAUAAUUACCUCUGUUAAUAACUGUGUCAUUAGAAACUCUAAAGAUUGGGUUUUAUGUCUCCAAAUGGCACAUGAGCGAUACGGGAUAUGCACAAGUGCAGAAUAUGUAGCUCAAAAUGAUGAAAUCAUGAUGGAGACAAUAAAAGAGAAUGAUGUUGUGGAAUGCUGUAGAAAAGAUGACAUUUUCAGUUUCUGCUUUGAGUACAUGGAACCAAAAGUAGGUGCCGACUCAGUCUUACCAGGACAAUAUUCAUGCCUCAAACCGAGAGACAUGGUGAAGAAUACUUUUAAAAAGUGCACCGAAGCUGGUGGGUACUCAUGUCCGCGCGGCAUGCACUGCCUUCGACCAUCUCUUAACAACCACACUUAUUUAAUGGUCAUUGAGCGUAAAGAUAACAAUGCCGUCCUGUUUCUAGGGUUGCCAUAUGAAUUGCAUAAAACUGUUUUUGUAGAUCAGUAUUUCCCUAGAACCCCAAUAUUUUCAUUAUUCUCUCCUACACAAGCGGAGAAACUACUGAAGUAUAUAUUCAUGCUUUCUAUGGGUUUAGCAUUUUUGAACAUAUUGCCAUGCUAUGGAACUGAUGGUUCUUUCAUAGCUAAGGACUUGGUCACUAUAGUGGCCAGGUACUUGAACAAAAGUAGUGAUUUUGUCACAUUUUUUCAUAUUUUUACUAUUGUUAUUGGCACUGGGAUGACAGUUCCAAUUUUAUUGUAUCUGUUCUAUCAAGCUGUUUUUGUGGAUAAAUAGAUAAUGUAUAGUCUGCUACGUAGAACUCAUUAGCAUUUAUUUACUUUUAAAUGUGACAAGUCUGAUGUGUAUGUAUAAUCAUUGAAUUAUGCUACAAUUGGUUUUCAACUCGAUUUCUACUUUCACUUACUACAAAUUCUUUAGUUUGAACAAGUGGUAAUGCCAGUCUGGUAUAAGAUGUUGUAGGCUUAAAAAUAAAAUGGAAUAGAUAACUAAUAAGACACGCAUUUAAGACUGUACACAUUAGUUGCCAUGUUUUUAAGCUGGUGAGAGAAAUGAAAUGUGACACUGUUUAUACCUGUAAGUAAACAGUUGAUGUUUU